AUGUCUGAUUCCAAGUUGUCUACUCCUCCCAUGGAGAACUCCGAGGAUCAUGCAGCCGCCGUCUCGCAGCAGAUCGAGGCCGAGAUGGUGGGUGCUCAUUUGGGCGCCUUAACUCCUCGAAGCAACUCACCCAGCGCCAUUACUGACAAGAUCCAGGGCGUCAAGGCCAAGGCUUCUGACGCCGACGAUGUCCCCGCUCCGCCUGAGACCCCCAAGGUGAAGUCUGUUGGCAAGAAGACCCUGAAGACUCCAAAGACACCGAAGACACCAAAGUCUAACGGCAAGCGCGCUGCCCCCGCAGAUGGCGAGUCUAGUGCUGCGAAGAAGGUCAAGAACGAAGACGGCACCCCGAGCGGCCGUAAGGGCACUAAGAAGAUUGCGACGACUCUGGACGAACUCACUACCGAGGACAGACUGCUCAUCUCUAUGCGCGAUGAGGGCAAGUCAUGGUCCGACAUUGCCGACAUGUGGGCUAGGGAGACUGGAGCGCCCCCGGGUGGAAAAUCAACGUUGCCGAAUCGCUACUCGAGGCUCAAGGCCAACCUUGCCCAGGUCAGCGAUGAGCACAUGGAGCUCCUGGUCAACGCGUACAAGAAGGUCCACGAGCAGUUCGAGCAGGAGAAGGCGCGCUUCGAGGUAGAGAAAUGGAGUCGCAUCAAGACGGUGAUGGAGGAAGCUAAGGGCGUCGCAGAUCAGAAGUACACGGUUGCUGCUCUCCAGAAAUACUACAAGAAGGCCGUGGAUGCCAUUGCCGCGAAGGCUGCCUCUUCCACCGACGGUGACGCUGGCCCUUCUGGCGCUAUUCCCGCUGCUGGAUCAGAGGACGCCGGUGAGAGUGAUCGCGCUCGCCAUGACUCUGCAGUGGCCUUCAAGGCAGAAGAUGAGUAGCUUGCUCUCAUCCGACAAUGCUGAUGAUUUGUUAUCUCGCCCGUGUGCUGCUUCAUUUCAAUACUCCGGCGGCGACGUCUCAUCAUAUCAGCAUCGAACAUGGGGGCCUUGACAUCACUUUUCUCAGGUUCUGGGCGGCUAGGAUUGCUAUUCAAGGUGCUUCACACACUUAUAUCGUCGGG